AAGAACCACCCUCUAUCACAUGACCACAAGCUCCUAACCACAUCAAGAACCAAACUAAAAGACUUAUCAGUUAUUACUUCACCUUAUGAGAAGCUACUGCAGCCUGAAGCUACUCUUCUUAACUCAUCAAAUGGCUAUGUCUUCAGUUUCUUUAAGUUUGGUUUCAACAACCUUGUCCCCAAAGCUAAAUGUCCCUUCUUCUAAUGAAUUGCCUCGAGCCAUUCCGUUGGCUGGUAAUAACUCUGUUACAUGCACUGCAGAAACAACCUUCAAUCAAGAAAGCAAUUGCAGGAGACAAGUGAUACUGUUGGGAAUUGGAGCACUGGCAACAAGUUUACUCCCAGUAAACCCUCUUCUGGCUGAAGAGGUACCAAAGAACUAUCGAGCUUUCGUUGAUUUGAAAGAUGGAUAUUCAUAUUAUUACCCCUCAGAUUGGAUAGAUUUUGAUUUCAGGGCACAUGAUUCUGCGUUUAAGGAUCGAUACAAGCAAUUGCAGAAUGUUAGAGUGAGAUUCAUACCUACUGAUAAACAAGACAUUCAUGAUUUGGGACCCAUGGAGCAGGUUGUAUCUGAUUUAGUAAAACAUGUGUAUGCUGCACCAAAUCAAAGGCCAACCAUUAUUGACAUACAAGAGCGCUCUGCAGAUGGGAAAAACUACUACACCGUUGAAUAUAUCCUUACGUCUCCAAACUACUCCAGUGCUUCCUUUGCGACCAUAGGGAUUAGCAAUGGAAGAUAUUACACCCUGAUCGUGGGAGCAAACGAGAGACGGUGGAAGAGAUUUCGCAACCAGCUUAAAGUGGUGGCAGAUUCUUUCAAGAUGCUGGAUAUCUAACCGAUCAAGAAUGAGAUGAAAGUUUGCAUUUGAUGUAUAUACUUUAUAGCAGAGUUUUGUAUCAUCUCCUUGGAUUUCCUACACUUUCACAUCCCUAGACAGUUAAGAAUGAAUUAUCCAUGUUUUAUGCUGCUACCUAUGUGCAAAUUUGCAUGAAAUCACAUUAGAGGUUGGUUAUCCAUA